UAGUGUUCAGUUACUAACUUGGUGACUCGGGUCACUCGGCUCAGUGCGCUUCGAUGCCCUAUAAGCCCUCCGCAAAUCUCCGGACAAACGCCUCUCAUGCAUAAUAAACCGUUGGCAUGCAUUGGCGAUAAAUCGGUGAUUUAAACUUUGUCGGUUUUAUCGAUAACUCUUGUGAGGAGGAGGAUAAUUCACUAUGAACGCCGAUAAAACGGCUACUAACCAAACGUUGACGGAUGGAUGGGAGCCAAUAGUGUGUGCACUUUGUGCUUACGACAGUACAUCACCUGCGGUGUAACUAAAAACCAAAUACGCAAUACCGUGUUGUGGCGGUGGAAUAUUUUUAAUGCGCGUAAACUUUUGUAUCGAACAGAUCGAACACUUCGAGCGUGGAUCGCGGGUUUCGGAGGGAAUCCUGCAGUUCUGUAAUCGCGUUGUGUUAGUUACAGUGGCCGGCUGAAAGAAUUGACAAAAACGUUCGAGAAUGAUUCGGAUUUUUAUUUUUGUUAAUAGAUAAGUGGAGAUAUGAAUAUAACGAAUGUGCGAGAGUAUCAAGAAAAUGAUGGGGAACAUCGUGCAGGAGAAGAUCACAACCGAACAGAGACUUGUUAGCGGUAAUGUAACCUGUGGUUUUGUUGGUGGUGCGAUAAAUGCGUUUUCUCAGAAUAGCAAUUUUUCACAUGUCGAAUGAAUCAGUUGCUCCGUUGUGCACAUUGAACAAGAUUCGAUCACCGAUGCGCCGAUUGUCAAACUAUAAUCACAGUUUUCUGCAGAGUUCCCCUAAUUCUCCUAAUAUUUAAACGUUAAGUGCAUUGCGGCGCGGUGAUAAAGAAAGAAGGAAAUAACGCGUCGAUUACUACGGAAACUGUGACGAACCAAUCAACAAAAGUCAAGUGUGCGUGUCAGUGUAUUUAGUAAAAUCAAUUUUGGUCCUUGGAUUCGAACAGAAAAUAGGAUUCCUCGACAAAGAAGUCGGGCCCUCUCCUCGCCCGAAAUUAUAAGAACAAACAAAGAUUCAACAAAUUUGAAUUUGCGCGUGAAAAAACACGAUGUUGGGGUGAAGGGAGUCCCGUGAAACCCGGCGAAUGGUUGUUGGGCUGGGUGAGUGGUGCUCAGUGAAAAAGGGAGCGAAAUUCCAGGAGCGAGUAGCCAGGAUGUCUGAUAGCUCGGAUCACUUGUCCUCGCCCAGCAGCGAAUGCAACAACCAGAUGGGCUCUUUGCACCGCGGUGUCGUCGGAUCCUCGGUUGGGAGUUCAUCCUACAACGGGUCAUCGGCGAUGACCGGAUUGCCCCUUCAUCACCAUCCCCAUCCUCAUCCGCAGACAAUGACGCCGACGAAUGGCAGUCCCCAGUAUCCCCAGGAAUUAAUGUCCUGCGGUGCUUCCAGUAACGUAAACGGAUCCGCUACUGGACUCGCCGUUCCCAGUAACGCGAACAAUUUUAGUCCAGAACAGAUAUCUUGCAUGUGCGAAGCCCUCUCGCAGAGCCACGACAUCGAUAGCCUGACAAGGUUUCUGUGGUCUCUACCACCUGGGGAGCUUCUCCGAGGUGGUGAAAGCGUGCUGAUGGCUCGAGCAGCGGUUGCGUUUCACAGAGGCGCAUACCACGAGCUCUACUCGAUCCUGGAAGGGCAUCCCUUCUCGCCACGACGGCAUCCUGAGCUCCAGCAGAUGUGGUUCAAGGCGCAUUACCGCGAGGCCGAGAAGAUCCGGGGACGCCCUCUAGGCGCAGUCGACAAGUAUCGGCUCAGGAAAAAGUACCCUUUGCCAAAGACGAUCUGGGACGGCGAGGAGACCGUCUACUGCUUCAAGGAGCGCUCGAGGAACGCCCUGAAGGCCUGUUACCUCAGAAACCGCUAUCCGACGCCCGACGAGAAGAAGAACCUCGCAAAAAAAACCGGACUCACUCUCACUCAGGUCUCCAAUUGGUUCAAAAAUCGUCGACAGAGGGAUCGCACGCCGCAGGCUAGAACUGACAUGUUGCCGCUGAACUGCCAGAGCGCUCCGUCAAACGGAGUUCAAUCGGUGAACGGAUCGGUAUCUUCGAGUGGCGGAGGAAAUCACCAGGCACUUCAGCCCCUGGACUCGGGAAGUCCGAGUCUUGCGAUGUCGCCGCUCUCUACAAUGGGCAUGUCACCGGCGGCCCUGAACCCGUGUAGUCCGAUGGGCAUGAGUCCUAUGGGGCCUCAUCAUCACGGGUACGCGGCCCCAGUCACGCCUUCCUCGGUCCACAACGGCGGCCUGAGUCCCAUAAACGACGUCAAGUCUCUUUGCUACGGCCGCAGUCUUUACGACACGAGCAAGGAUUUGGAGCAGAGCUCGGUGUACUAUUCGAGCCACUCGAGCAUGCAUCAUCAGUACUACCACCAGCAGUCCCACCACCACCAGAUGAUGGCCGGACCCCAUCACCAUCAGCAGUCGAUGCCGACCGGUUACGAGAUCAUGUUACCACCGCCCCAGCACUCCAUGUGACCCAUGGAGGAGCAGGACCAUGAUCAGGAAAACGGGGAAGAUGAUCAAACGACGGACGAAGACGUUCUCGCAAGAAUCCAAGCCUUUGCUUGACUUGCGGGUGUUGCAUUUACCAUUGAAUCCAAAGACUAAUCGGAGGUGUGAAAAUUGUCAUUGCGCGUCACGGACGAGAACGGAGGAUAAAACCGGCACGUUUGGCUUUCGCGUGAGUGACAAGCAUGGCCGCUGGUUCUUAUAAAUACACACACGCGCACAUUUCCUACAUUCGGUUCUCUGGAGGUGACGCGGUGCGUGUUACCUGAUCACGUAAAGAAAGGAGUCCGAAGGACCAAUGAGGACCAAAGAACGCGCGUUGCCCAACUGGAGAGAAUGGGAGGGCCUCGGGAAACAGGUUUCGAGAAUCCAUUACAUCCGUCCGUGUUGCAGCUCCUCUUAAGCCAGCGUAUGCGAAUGGCAGCUGCCUUUCCAUGCAGUGUGUCGUGUUGCGGACCUUUUGCAAAUGGUGCAAGGGAAAUAAAAGUAUAAAUCGAGAACGGGAAAUGAGGGAAGAACGUGGGCGGAAUAAUGUAUAUAACAUUUUUGGUUGCCGCGUUAACGGGUCUAGGAAAAAUCGCAAGGGGUUACUUGAAAAUCUUCUUAUAGGUAAGGAGAUUAUGAUACAAUACGGCAAAGAAAUAGGAAAUUAAGUUUUA